CGGGCGCUCCGCUGUGCACCUGCAAGAAGAGCGGCUGGAGGAGGAGUGCAGUUUGGAUGCUUCUGGGCUCGCGUCCGUGCUGGUGUUUUCCACAAGUUCCUCCGUAGAAGUUUUGGAAAGUGUUGCCGACAUAAAUUCCGCAGAGAUGGCGCCUUCGACCCUGUGUCUGUGCGUGUUACAGCUGAGCCUGCUGGCAGGUUUUGCCUCGGGUCUGCAAAUCACGUCUCCUGGAGGGAUAUCCUUAGAAAAAGCCAGUGGUGAAAGCGUGACCCUUGACUGCCAGUUUAAACUGGAUACAGAGGAUUCUGGACCACUGGAUAUUGAGUGGAGCUUGCUGGCCUCCGACAAUCAAAAAAACGAUGAAGUGGUGAUUCUGUACUCCGGUGACAGGGCAUAUGACAAUUACUACCCCCCCAUGAAGGGGAGAGUGCACUUCAACUCGGCCGACCCAAAGAACGGCGAUGCUUCAAUCACCCUGACGGGACUGAAGUCGUCCGACACUGGCACGUAUCAAUGUAAAGUGAAAAAGGCUCCGGGCAUCGGCAGCAGGAAGAUGCUGCUGAUCGUUAUGGUGCGGCCAGCCAAGCCACGGUGCUAUGUUGAAGGGCCUGCAGAAGAAGGCAAAGACGUUGUCUUGAGGUGCACAACUAGUGAAGGAACCCAACCUCUAAAGUACACCUGGGAGAAAACCAGUGGGAGCAAGACUCUGCCUGCCUCUGCUGUGAUAGAUCCUGCAGUGGGCACCGUUAUUGUGAAGAAUGCAUCUGCCAGCGCAUCUGGUACCUACCAUUGUGCCGUCGGGAACCGUGUUGGCUCAGAGGAGUGUAUACUACAGCUCAAUGUGACACCCCCUUCCAACACUGCGGCAAUUGCUGCUGCAGUCAUUAUUUCCAUCCUCUUGAUCCUCAUCAUUAUCGCCAUCAUCCUCUUCUGCCUUUGGCGAGCGCGUAACAACAAGAAGUAUGAGAAGGAAAUCUGCAAUGAGAUAAGAGAGGACGUGCCCCCUCCUUCAAGUCGCAUUUCGAUGGCACGCAGCCUCACCGCCAACAGCAAGUGCUCCUCUCUUGGAUCCAUGUCGCCCUCCAACAUCUCAGAGUUCCACAUAAAGUCCCAGUACGACAAGGUUCCCUUAUCAGAGGAGUUCGAGAGGCCUCCAAGCCACAACCCUGCUCCCCCACCCACAGUAACCAGGAUGGCUGGGGCUAACAUCAGCCGCAUGGGCGGCGUCCCUGUCAUGAUCCCGGCCCAAACCAGAGAUGGCUCAAUUGUCUAGCAUGCCGUCUUUUGGGUGAGGGACCCUGGAUUAGGGGGGGGGGGGCUUGAAGGAGGACACAGACAAAUGAAGAUGGAGAAGCGCUGAGCCGUCUCUCUCUGCUUCUUAGGAGCUACAAAUGAAGUACCAACCUCCUAUGAAGACCUUACUCUGCUGUGUUGACUAGAGACUCCAUCUCAUUGAAUUACAUCAUAGAUCAAUAACUUUUUAUGAAAUUCAAAUAAAUACCUUGGAGGGGGGGGGAGGAAAAUGAAUUUUAUGCAUUUUAUGUCAGGAGUUUCUCAAUUUACAAUGAAUUCGAGUUGACACAAAGUGAAAUGUUGAUAAACCAGCUAUAUUGUAUAUAAGCAAAUGCAUGCUUUUUUAUGUAGAUGUCUCUUGUAGAUAUGCUGUUUGUUCUGAACAAAGCCAGGCCCUCAUCUGCACUCUGCAACCGUGUGCAUAGAGAACUGCAGCUGCUUUUGAGUAGAAGACUUUAAACGUGUUUAGGACUUUGUUUUCUGAAGACCAUCCCUUUGGUUGUUUUUCCUUUUUGUCAGCGGUGCGAUCAUCUGACGUACGCCCCAACCUUUACUGCUUUACGGACUCUGUUUUUUAUAAUGUAGAAGAUGAUCAGACUUCAGAUCCAAACCCUCAUUUAGACAAAACUCAGGAAAACAAAGUAGGAUUUACUCUCACAGAAAUAGAGACACCCCCUGUAGGUCGGCUGGACUGUUGCUGUUUCAAAUUCACAGCCUGCGUCGGUGUGGGUGGGGGGACACAAAGGGUCUUAAAUGGCUGGUUCUGUCCUGGAGGCCAACUGAUUAAGUCAAUUAUUUUUGUUUUUGAUCAAGCUGAGGCCAAACCAAUGUCUGUCCUCUCCACCCCCCACUUAGCUCCACCCAGAAAGUUUAGACAGGGGGGGUGGGGGAUAUUAGUGAGUAACCUGGACAGCUGGAUAACAGGGUUCACUGAGCAAUCCGCCAUGAUCAAGUUUGACUGUUUGAAAGGCCGCCAAUCCCAGUGACCACCAGAACAAACGGCCUCAAGGCAGUUGCUCACUAAAGCAUGGAGUCUGAAUUUAUCGCAGGAAAUCCUGAGGAAUUGUUAAAGCACUACAGGAAAUAAUCUCGAUUAAUCUUUUCUCUGCGCUCCAUAUGAAACCUUUCGAGGCUUAUGUUAAUUGGAGGUUUUGUUGAAGGACGUUAAUGGAGUUCCCACAGUUUGCCAUGAAUGAGCUGGGCAUCAGAAUUCUGCUUCCUGUUUCUGUGCAGCCAAGUCGCUUUACUGUUCUUCUCAUUUGAAGUUUAAGGUCAGUAUGCUGUUCUGGUUUUUUGUCCCUGUCCCAGAUAAAUGGAUCGUUUCUCUACCUUACAUUCAAUGCUAUAGUAGCAAAUAUGGACAAACUGUUAUUUCUGCCUUAUUUUGUCCGUACUCUCAGCCUUACUCACCUUCCCUCAUCUCACCUCCGCUCAGCUGGAUUUUAAUCACUUCUUUUGUGCCUUGUUGCUCCAUUUGAGUUUGGUUUCGGCAAAUCAGCCAGUUUGCUCCAUGCAGUAGCAGCAUUUUUCAUGGCCAUCAGUGUCUCAGACAGCAAUAAUUAUCAUUGCACAGUGAAGCUGCUGAGGAAGCGGUUUCUCCUCUCUGAUUCCUCACCUCAGACUUCAGCUUCACUUUAUGCUUUACGGUUGAAAACUUCUGUCUGUUCUGCUUGUUGUUUUGUUGUGUCGUUUUGAUAAGUGAUGUACUUUAUUUUAAAUGGAAGAGUGAUCUAAUGACCUUUCCUGCCACUGAAGGAGCGUCAACGUUUCUGUACUGUGUUCCUUGAGUCUGGAUGAGGCCCUGCAGGAGGUCACGGCAGUGUCUGCCAUGUCUCCUGUUUGUAGCAGCGGUGCAGGCGAGAGUGUAGCGUGAAUGUAGAAACGCCGAACAUGAAGGCAACAAUGGGCCUCCUGUAGAAAUGAAGUUUAUUCUCCUCCUGCUGGGAAAUGGUUUGAUCCUGUUACUGUCCUUUCAGCUCUAAGACAAUGUUGUAAAUGCUAUUAACCAUAUUAACAGCAGCUUUGAAAAAGAACGCACUAAUACUGUAUGAAGGUUUAAUUUGAGGUACCCUCACUGUUUGUUUUUGUGUUGUAUUUUUCAGAAAUAAAAUUCAUUAAAACUCA